AUGUCGGUCACCGACAGUACGCUCAAGGGAAAGUACCCCGCCAAAGCUCACUGCCAACGCGUCGCCAAAUAUCUGACCGACCGAGGUCAUGCCCGCGAUGGAAUCAUUUAUCUGGAGGCCCAGAAGACGUAUAUGGAGGAGGACUGUGACCAAGAGAAGCACUUCCGACAACGACGAUACUUCUUCUACCUCUCCGGCUGCAAGCUGCCUGAGGCAUAUCUGUCGUACAACAUUCCUGAGGACAAGUUGAUCCUCUACAUACCCCCCGUAGACCCGGAGUCUGUCAUCUGGGCAGGCUUGCCUGAGUCCAAAGAGGAGGCGUUAGAGAGGUACGACGUCGAUGAAGUGCUGUACACCAACGAGGUGAACGCGACCCUAGCGCACUUCGGCUCCAAAACCGCCAGCAGGACCGUGUACGCGAUCCCUGAGCAAGUCUCCGAGCACAUCACCUUCCUGGAAUUCGAUACAAAAGAACUCGGAAUCCUGAGAGAGGCCAUCGACGAGUGCAGAGUCGUCAAGGACUCAUACGAGGUUGCUUUGAUCCGCAGAGCCAACGAGAUUUCAACAAUCGCCCAUAUUGCUGCUCAGAAAGCGGCACGCACUGCAACCAAUGAGGAGCAGAUAUACGGAGCGUUCACUGGCGCAUGUAUAUCGAAUGGCGCACACGAGCAGGCGUACCAUGCCAUAACCGCGACAGGCCAUUCCUGCGCGACUCUACAUUAUAUUCGCAACGAUCGGCCGCUGCAGAACCGGCUGAACGUCCUUCUUGACGCGGGCGCAGAGUACGAUCUAUAUGCCUCAGAUAUUACCCGCACAUUCCCGCUCUCGGGAACAUUUACGCCAGAAUCACAGACGAUCUACGACAUCGUUAAAGAAAUGCAGGAGUCUUGCUUCGAUAUGCUCCACGCCGGCAUGCGAUGGGAAGACGUCCACGAGAACGCACACAAAGUCGCCGUGAAAGGCCUCCUCAAAGCCGGUAUCCUCAAGAAAGACUAUUCAGAAGAAGAGCUCUUCGAGAAGCGCGUCACAGUCACCUUCAUGCCGCAUGGUCUAGGCCACUAUCUGGGCAUGGACACGCAUGACACAGGCGGGCAUGCGAAUUACGACGAUCCGGAUCCGAUGUUUAAGUAUCUGCGAGUGAGGGGGACGGUACCUGCUGGAGCGGUGAUCACGGUUGAGCCAGGCAUUUACUUCUGUCGGUUCAUCAUUGACCCAGUGUUGGAAGAUCCGGAGAAGGCGAAGUAUAUCGACAAGGAGGUAUUGGACAGGUAUUGGGAUGUAGGUGGCGUGCGUAUUGAGGACGAUGUGUUGAUCAAGGAGAAGUCAGACGGUGGGUGGGAGAACUUGACCGAUACCCCGAAAUUGUGA